UUGUAUAAAUUUAUUUGUUCUGAUGAACACAGAGAAAGAUAUUUGGAAGAAUGCUUAUAACCAAACAGAUUGGUUGACUCCCAUAGUAGGAAAAAAUACAAUGGUGGUCAAAAGUGCCGCAGAACGGUUUACUGUUCUACAUUCUUCAAAAUGUCUUCUUUUGUGUUCAACAGCAAAAAAAAAAAGAUAAAAUAAUUUUUCCUACUAUGGGAGUCAAUGGGGGGCAAAAUAUGUUUGGUUAUAAGCAUUCUUCCAAAUAUCUUUCUGUGUUCAUCAGAACAAAGACAUUUAUACACAUUUGGAGCAGCUCGAAGGCGAGUAAAUGAUGACAGAAUUUUCAUUUUCGGGUGAAGUGUCCUGUAAUCACCUUCUGAUAUGAAUAUUCACCGAAUAUUGUGUUCCCAGUCAUUCAUACUCAUUCAGUUUUGCAUCUGUUAUUUCUGUCUUAUAACAUGGUGUUAUGUAUGGAGUCAUUCUGAGCACUGCACAACUACAAUGUACAAAACAAAAUAAGACUUUCUGUGUCCAGACAUCUUUAAAGAUUGUGAUGGUAGAAAACCUGCUAACUCUUUAGUUUGUCCAUACACACAAUGGAACCUCGUUGUAAAAAUACACAUGAUUCAUGCUCGGUUUCCCAUGACUCAUUUUACCUUAAAAUCAAUAUUCCAGAGUCAGAAUCACCCGUAUACCCACAGAUGCCAGGCCAACGUAAGACAUAAAGAAAACAGCCUAAGUUUUAACCCCUUCUCUCUGGCUUGAUCUCAUGCUGUGAAGGGGAUCAGGAAAAGACACACGGCCAGAGAAAUCAGCUCAGUCAGCAAGAUUUUAUUUUACUGUAGACGUUCAGUAUUGUUUGCCAUCCCCUGAAGUCUGAUGCUUGGGAAGGUCUGUGGCUUUGGAAGGCUCGACACAUUUUCUUAUUUCUUGAGCUAAAAUUUCUUGAGCUUAUUUCUGAGCUCAUGGCACAGCCUCUUCGGUAGCCAAAUGCAAACCGGUCCCGCCAAAAGUCUGCUGCACUGUAUGAGACAAAAACUGUUACGUACUUGCAGAAGUCUGGUUUCUUUUGUUUUUCAGAGAAGUUGAAUGAUUUUGCCACAUGCACAGAUGCAGUUUCCUCUGCGGCAGACAUAGACAUACAAUGUUGAUUUUUCAUGCAAAUGGAUUGCACAGGGAAUAUUUUAUGGCCCUUAUUUGCAAGGGAAAAUGAGAUUGGUGUCAUGUUGCUGACCACAGUUUUGCCACCGUUAAAAGAUUUGAAACACAUCAUGGGAAUGAAAUGUGUCUAAGAAUGAUUCUGAGGAUAAAUCCUCCCGGUUUAUGAGGACGCAGAACAAUGAUGUUCUCAUUAUUAAAAAAGCUUUGAAAAGAUCUUUUCAAUUGACCUUUAGAUAAAGCACAAAGCCAAUGUGUCGUAGCUGGCAGGGUGAGAACCUCCUCUUUGCUUCGUAGAAUGAGAGUAGAAAUCUUUCCCAUAUGACCCAUGUGACUGGCUCUUUCCAUCCGCACUCAAUAGAGGAGAUGCAAAGUCCUCUUUGCUCACUGUGAGAGUAUCAUGUUGCUCUGUACGCUACAUUCUCACUCCGUAUUCCAAUGAAAAAACGUAUCAGCUCUAGGUCUCGCUCUCGCUCAAGAUCCCAUUCCCCGCCCCACAACCGGGAGCGCAAUCACGCACGGGAGUAUCAGAACCAACGUGAGUUUCGAGGCAACUACAGGGGCUUCCGGAGGCCGUAUUACUUCCGGGGCAGAGGUCAGGGAUAUUUCCGUGGGCGCUUCCAGCGCGGAGGAUGGGGCGGAUAUAAUAACUACAGACCCAAAAACUGGCAAAACUUCAGGCAAAACUAUCAGCAACACCAACAGCAGCAACAAUACCCCAACAGCCCCAAGAGGGGGCGCUCUCGUUCACGCUCUCCCAAGAAGCAGUUGAGUAGCCCUCAGUCCCGAAGUCAUUCCCGCAGGUCUGACAGGUCAUCCUCGGGGAGGUCACCACAGUCGCAUGCUUCUUCCUGCUCCAACUCUGGGUCUGCCAAGCGCAGCAAAGAUAUAAGAGAGAAUGUCCCUGCAUCCAAAAAGACUCCGAAUCGAGGAGAAGGAGAUGGCGCUCUGGCAGAGCAGGAGGGGAAGUCAGAUGGAGAUAGGACUUUGGAGAACGGUCAGGAUUUGACAAACAAUGACACCAGUCCUAAAAGGACUCAAGUUUGUUCCUCUGUCGCUCUUGGUCAUGGCGACUCUGUGACGAAUGAGUCAAGUCCUGCUCAUAAGAGUUCAAACGCUUCUACUAACGGUGCCACCACCUGGCAGAAUGUUGUACCUGCAACUCCAACUAAGAGUCCCAAAAAGAAAAGCCUUACGCAGGGUUUCAAUGGUUUCGGGCUCUUUACAAACGUUGACCAAGAUGAUACAAUUGCUAUUUCUGCAGCAUUUUUGAAAUUCCUCGAAGAGCAAAAGCUUAAAAAACAGACCCCUACGUGGGAGAACAACACAAAUAACGACAAAAGUAAUGAAUUGUUGGUUUGUGAUCAAGAAAAUGGAAGAGUCUUUGAAAAGGGGUCUGACGUUGAGUUGUCUCGCACUGUAGAUCCCGACAACGCAGGAGAGAAGGAGAAAUACAAAAAGUGCUGUGAAGGCGACAUGCCAUCCAUCAGUGGCACUCAAAGGCCUCCUCCGUUUCUGUGUGAGGAUGGUGAGGAAGACGAUGAAGAAAUGGAGAUUUCGAAUAAAAUGAGAAAUAUGGAAACAAAUCCUUCCAAAAGCACGAAAGUCACACUGUCCGCUCGUGAGAUGUUCGAGGAGCGUAUCAGGAGGCUGCAGGACAUGGCGUGGGAUGAUGAGUUGGAAGCUCUUCUGCUCAGCCAUAAACAAGAAAGAGCGUCAAAUAUCUUAGCUGCUCUGUCUAAGAGAGAGCAGCCGGGUGGGACGUUUAAAGACCCCUCUCCCGAAAGGCUCUCAAAGGUGAAACGAAAGGAGAAAAACACAAUGGAAACCUCUAAAUCUUCACAGCUGUCCAGGAGGAGCUCGGAGAAUCACGAGCAGGAGAUGUUUGUGGUUAUGAGUGAGGAAUCUCCACCGAGAGCAUCAGCGAAAAAAGGAACAGAAUUCAGCGUGAGGAUGGAUGACCUGGCAAGGUCAUCCGUUUUGAUUAACGAGAGAAGGAAUAUUUUGGAUUUUCUGCACCUGGAUGAGAAAGAUUGGGAUCUUCACGCUGUUCGUCAGCACCUUCAGGCUCAGCAGUCACUCAGGAGCCCGUCUGAACUGUUCGCCCAACACAUAGUUUCAAUUAUUCAUCACAUCAAAGCUCAUUAUUUCCCUUCCGCUGGAAUGACGCUAAACGACAGAUUUGCCAUGUACCAGAGAAGAGCUGAUGAGAAAGAACUCAUGAAGCAGAGAAAGAGUCCAGAGAUACACAGGAGAAUUGAUGUUUCUCCAAGUGCUUUUAAGAAGCACUCACUUCUGUUUGAUGAGAUGAAAAACUCCAUGGAAAACAGCUUCAAGGUUGACAGAAAACAAUAUAAAGGCGAUUCAGUGGACCUUCGCUUGGAUAUUGAACGCAGAAAGAAAUACGUUGCCAAAGAGAGAGGUCACAGGGAGGAUGAGGAUGGAGGAAGAGUGUUGAGCGAAUCUCCAGACACAAGCAAGGAAACAUCCGCUCAGAAAGCCUCAAAGAACAACAAAAAUUUGAAGAGAAAAAAGAAGAAACGAGAGCGUUCACAGUCCUCCUCAUCUUCAUCUUCUUCCUCCAUUGACCAUGAGGAAGAGGCUGAGAUGAAGGCAGGAAGCUUCGUCAAAGCCCGACUAGGCUUUAGAGAGCCUUUUGAAAGAGGACGGCUUCAAGGAGGCUUUCAGCUUAGAAUACGUGGUAGAAGUUGGAACCGAGGAAAUUUCCAUGGCAACAGUAACGGCAAAGAUGCACAGAUGCACAUGAAGAAUGAAGACUGGGAUCCAGAAUACACUCCCAAGAGCAAGAAAUACUUUCUGCACAGUGAAAGAGACGGUGAAGGCGAGAGGAAGCUAAUGGAGAUUCAAGGGCGUGGUCGUGGUAACAUCAUGCGUGGAAAGGGUCGUUUCAUCCUCCGGAGGGCCACCAAUACCAACGCCACAAAUAAUCCGAGCCCCAAAUGGGCCCACGAUAAAUUUCAGGCCACUGACGAUGAGGGUGAACAGCACGGAGAGGAUGUAAAACAGGACCACAAAAAGUGAGACACCGCCGGGGUCUCGGAUAGAAUGGAGCAGUGAAGAUGUUGGCAGGAUCUGAACUAUGAGAUCCCUCAUCAAGCUUCAAAAGAUAAUCACUGAUGGACUGAUCGACCCUCACACUGUCAUCUAUUUACUUCUCGAGGAGACUUUGCUUUUUUCACGUUUCAUUGUAUUGAUCACCUGGUUUUAUUUCUGUCUCAGUUUUUUAGUACAAGGGAGUGAUUUGUGCGAACAUUUAUUAGUUAGAUGUAGAUUUUCUGUACUUUUUAUACUGUAUGUGCACACGAAUUUGAUCGAUUCACACAAACACACAUAUUAUGGAUAUCUAACCUCACUUUGACAGACUGCUAGGUGGGCUUAGCUCACAGGUGUGACACAUUUCCCAGUAUCCAUCAACCACCCCAUCUCCAACCAUCUUAUCCAUUCUCUAUAAUCUAUAAUCUAUAAUUCUUUAAAUCUAUAAUUCAUCUUUUUUGCGACACAUUUGCAACAUGCAAAUUAUUAAUAUAAUAUAUAUAUAAAAGGUAGCAUUCAUACUUUGAGUUUUAAGGUAAGUUAGAUGCGCCAUAGUGCCUAAAGUGUAGAAUACAAGUGUAACAUUUGUUAUUGACCUGAUAAGAGACAUUAUUGCUGUUUGAAUAAAAACUGAAUAGAUGUACAUAUUUAUAUUUUUAGAACUUGAGAACUAAAUCUCUUUAAGACCCUGUGAACCUUGUGUCUGUUGCAUGACUUACAUGAAUUAUAUGAAUGACAGUCUCGCUAUGGGACCAAACUACUGCAGGUAGACAUUUUUGUCCCAGUAAAUGAAGUGAGGGGGAAAACAGCUUACAUAUUUGUUCUAAAAAGUUUAGGCGGAGUAGGCAAAUGAUUUAAAGAGGAAAUUUGUUUUUGAAGAUUUAAAGUGAAAUAAAUAUAUCAUGAAGAAAAAGAAAAGAUAUUCAAUCAUAUUUAACAUUUUUUAUUUGUCUGGGUUCUGAUUUGCACUGUGCAAAAUAUACAUUUUGCCUUACAUUUGUAUACCUACUUAAAUACUGUAGCUAAUAAUAAAAAAUGGGAGAAUUUUACAACUGAGUGAAUUUUUGUUUUGUCAAGUGUGAAUAACCUUUUAAAACUUUAUGGACAGAUUAGCUUAAAGGGAU